CAUGUGGUUUGGCUUUACUGACAAACUAUUUCAACGUGUCUUUUCUUCUAACUGCUUUUUAGCUGCUGUCACGCUUCCUAGGAACACUCUCUGCUUUAAGGAGACACACCUAUCCUCGUUCCUCGUUUCUUUCUUUCAAGCUGGACGUCACCGGAAGUUCACAUCCUAACUCUUCAAGAUGUCACAGGCCACCAAACGCAAACACGUCCUCAAGGAGGCCCUCGGGGCCUACGUCACGCCCACCGCGAACCAGCAGAUCGUGAAGAUCACUGGUAGCCGUGGCAACAACCUCCACGAAGCGGUCACAGCCCAGGGCGUGACGUUCCUGGUGAGCAUGCCCCCCAAGUUCCGCAAGAACCUCUGGAUCAAGAGAGGUGACUAUGUGAUCGUGGAUCCCAUUGACGAAGGAGAGAAGGUGAAGGCAGAGAUCAACGUCAUUCUCUUCAAAGAUCAUAUUCAGUACCUGCAAAAACAGCAGCUCUGGCCCGAGGGCUUUACACAGGAGACGAGCAAAAAGCAGGAAAAGGAGACGGAGGAGAAAGACAAGGACCUCAGUGACUCUGAAGAUGAGAGUGACCUCUUUGUAAACACCAACCGCUGUUAUUACCACUACAGUGAGAGUGAGGAGGAGGACAGCGAGGAGGAGGAGGACGCCGCCGCCGCCGCCGGCGACAAAGACAAAGAGAAAAGGACAGAAAGCGCUUCGUAGCGGCUGCUCCGAGGAGGCGGGACAAUCGAGAGCGAGAGGCUGCCGUGCGAAGAGGCGGUCCUCGCGCACCUGAGCCGUCUGGACUGCCGUGGAGGGGCUCUUCGUCUGGACUUUCAACUCACUGGAACAGAAGAAGUCUCGCUUGUGAAAUUGGUUUUUUUUUUAAAGAAAGAAGAACAAAGUGGAAUCGAUCAUGUCAAAGCUGACGUGCUUCUGUAGUUUCAGGGUCCUAAACUCAAGCAUGUCUCUGGUCUGAACUUCAGUGCAGCGAUCGCUAUAUUGCUGGUGUGCUGUGUUCUUAGGCCAUACUGGACAUACGCAGGAAGUUAAUGGAAACCGUUAAAUCCAUUUAUCCUCAUCGCUCGAUUCAAAACUGUCACUGUUGACGGACCACCCUGUACUCGUGUUUAAUGUGAGUUAUUAGUUUAGAUUGAGGAGUCAGGCGUGGUGUGAGUUUAAAUAUCUUUCCAGUGUGACUGGUCCUCUGGAGAACAUUCCUUUUAACAAGCUGGACUGUUUAAAAAAAAAGUUAUUUUCAAAUGAAUGCAGCUGAUGGCCUCGACGGUUUCACGGAUCAAAACGCUCCCGUUUCAUUCGUAUCGCGGCGCACCGAUCGCCGGUCAUUGUGGCCGACGAGUGCCUCGUCUUCUCCGCAUUCCUCGCUGAUUUUCGGGUUUGUGUAAUGAUUAAAGUUUUUGAAAUGGA